CGGCGCGAGCGGGCGGCGGCGGCGGCGCGGCGCGGCGGCGCGGCGGGCGCGGGCGAACAUGGCGACGGUGCCCGUGUACUGCGUGUGCCGGCUGCCCUACGACGUGACCCGCUUCAUGAUCGAGUGCGACGCCUGCAAGGACUGGUUCCACGGCAGCUGCGUUGGCGUGGAGGAGGAGGAGGCCCCCGACAUCGACAUCUACCACUGCCCCAACUGCGAGAAGACCCACGGCAAGUCCACGUUGAAGAAGAAGCGGACCUGGCAUAAGCACAGCCCAGGGCAGACGCCCGACGUGAAGCCAGUACAGAACGGCAGCCAGCUCUUCAUCAAGGAGCUGCGGAGCAGGACCUUUCCCAGUGCCGAGGACGUGGUGGCCCGGGUGCCGGGCAGUCAGCUGACCCUGGGCUACAUGGAGGAGCACGGCUUCACCGAGCCCAUCCUUGUCCCCAAGAAAGAUGGGCUGGGCCUGGCCGUGCCGGCCCCCACCUUCUACGUCAGCGAUGUGGAGAACUACGUGGGCCCUGAGCGGAGCGUGGACGUGACGGAUGUCACCAAGCAGAAGGACUGCAAGAUGAAGCUGAAGGAGUUUGUGGACUAUUACUACAGCACCAACCGCAAACGGGUCCUGAACCUCACCAACCUCGAGUUCUCAGACACCAGAAUGUCUAGCUUUGUGGAGCCCCCCGACAUCGUGAAGAAACUGUCCUGGGUGGAAAACUACUGGCCGGACGAUGCGCUGCUGGCCAAGCCCAAGGUGACCAAGUAUUGCCUCAUCUGCGUGAAGGACAGCUACACUGACUUCCACAUCGACUCAGGGGGCGCCUCCGCCUGGUACCACGUGCUCAAGGGGGAGAAGAUUUUCUAUCUCAUCAAGCCGGCCUCCGCCAACAUCUCCCUGUACGAGCGCUGGCAGUCGGCCUCCAACCACAGCGAGAUGUUCUUCGCCGACCAGGUGGACAGGUGCUACAAGUGCACCCUCAAGCAGGGCCAGACGCUCUUCAUCCCCUCGGGCUGGAUCUACGCCACGCUCACGCCCGUGGACUGCCUGGCCUUCGCGGGACACUUCCUGCACAGCCUGAGUGUGGAGAUGCAGAUGAGAGCGUAUGAAGUGGAGAGGAGGCUGAAGCUGGGCAGCCUGACGCAGUUCCCCAACUUCGAGACUGCCUGCUGGUACAUGGGGAAGCACCUCCUGGAGGCCUUCAAAGGCUCCCACAAGUCUGGGAAGCAGCUGCCCCCUCACCUGGUCCAAGGAGCUAAGAUCCUCAAUGGUGCUUUCAGGUCAUGGACAAAGAAGCAGGCAUUGGCAGAGCAUGAGGAUGAGCUCCCAGAGCACUUCAAACCCUCGCAGCUCAUCAAGGACCUGGCCAAAGAGAUCCGGCUCAGUGAGAACGCCUCCAAGGCCGCCCGGUCGGACAUGACUGCAGCCGUGUCCUCUGAUGAGGUCUGCUUUGGGGACCGUGACAAGGAGGAGCCCCCGUCCCCCAUUGAGGCCAGCCCUCCUCGGUCCUUCCUGGAGAAAGUGUCCAAAAAAAAGACUCCCAAAACCAUGAAGAUGCCCAAGCCAUCCAAAGCCCCCAAGCCUCUCAAGCCCCCGAAGCCUCCCAAGCCCCCCAAAUCGCUGAAGCUCAAGGAUGGGAGCAAGAAGAAAGGGAAGAAGUACCGGGGUGCCGCCUCCCCCAUCCCCAACCUCGACCUGCUGGAGGCUCACACCAAGGAGGCGCUGACCAAGAUGGAGCCGCCCAAGAAAGGCAAGGCCACCAAGAGUGUCCUCAGUGUGCCCAGCAAGGAGGUGGUCAGUGCACAGAACGACGUGGAGAGGCUGGAGAUUCGAGAGCAAACUAAGAGCAAGUCAGAGGCCAAGUGGAAAUACAAGAACAGUAAGCCAGACUCCCUGCUGAAGAUGGAGGAGGAGCAGAAGCUGGAGAAGUCUCCACUGUCGUCAGGAAACAAGGACUCCAAGUUCUCCUUCUCCUUCUCCAACAAGAAACUCCUGGGCUCCAAGGGCCUCAAGCCACAGCCCGGCUCGGGGCUGUUCGGAGCUUUGCAGAGCCUGAAGGAGGACAAGCCGCAGCCCGUGCGGGACGAAUACGAGUAUGUGUCGGACGACGGUGAGCUCAAGAUCGACGAGUUCCCCAUCAGGAGGAAGAAGAGCGCCCCCAAGCGGGACCUGUCCUUCCUGCUGGACAAGAAGGAGCUGCCGUCCAUGCCAGCCUCCAAGCCAAAGCUAGACUCGGCGCGCUACAAGCAGAGCGACGACUCCUCCGACGAGGGCUCCCUGCACAUCGACACGGGCGCCAAGCCCAGCCGCAACGCCAAAGUAAAGAAGGACAGCGGGAGCUCAGCCACGGGCAUACUGGACCUGCUGCAGGCCAGCGAGGAGGUGGGCGCGCUCGAGUACAACCCCAACAGCCAGCCCCCGGCCUCCCCCAGCACACAGGAAGCCAUUCAGGGGAUGCUGUCCAUGGCCAACCUCCAGGCCUCCGACUCCUGCCUGCAGACCACGUGGGGAGCCGGCCAGGCCAAGGGCGGCUCCCUGGGGGCCCAUGGCACCCGGAAAAAUGGGGGUGGCAGCAAAAACGUGGGCAAGCGGCUGCUGAAGAGGACUGCCAGGAACAGUGUGGGCCUGGACGACUACGAGGAGGACCAGGACCACCUAGACGCCUGCUUCAAGGACUCAGACUACGUGUACCCCUCCUUGGAAUCGGAUGAGGACAGCCCCGUCUUCAAGUCCCGGUCUAAGAAGAGGAAAGGCUCCGACGACGCUCCCUACAGCCCCACAGCGAGGGUUGGCCCGUCCAUGCCGAGGCAGGACAGACCCAUGCGCGAGGGCACCAGAGUGGCGUCCAUUGAGACCGGGCUGGCGGCCGCCGCAGCCAAGCUGUCCCAGCAGGAGGAGCAGAAGAUCCGGAAGAAGAAGAGCACCAAAAGGAAGCUGGCCCCGCAGCACAGCGCGUCCCCCUCGGCCUCGGCCGGCACCACCCCGGCCGGCACCACCUCGGCCGGCACCACCCCCGCCUCCAGCACCCCCGCCUCCACCACGCCCGCGUCCACCAGCACGGCCAGCAGCCAGGCCUCGCAGGAGGGCAGCUCGCCCGAGCCGCCGCCGCCCGAGUCCCACAGCAGCAGCCUGGCCGACCACGAGUACACGGCGGCCGGCGCCUUCGCGGGGGCCCAGGCCGGCCGCGCCGCCCAGCCCAUGGCGCCCGGGGUCUUCCUCACGCAGAGGCGGCCCUCCGCGUCCUCCCCCAACAACAACGCCGCUGCCAAAGGAAAACGUACAAAAAAGGGCAUGGCCACCGCCAAACAGAGGCUCGGGAAAAUCCUGAAAAUCCACCGGAACGGAAAACUGCUCCUUUAAAGUUCGGAGAGUCAGGUCAGGAUCCUUCUGCUCCGCUCAGGACCCCCCGGAGCCCCGCUGAGACAUCAGCCCCCAGCAGGGCGGCGGCCGCAGUGCCUCACCCG